AUGGAGAUUGGUGAAGGCGAAACUCCACCUCCAAGGGCAUCAUCAGCGGCAACACAAAGUGAGAAAGUUUCAUCUGCCUCCGGUAAGCAUAAAACCAUCCGCAAAAUCAAACAUCGCGAUGGUACUGUUACUUUAAUUCAAUCAGACGACCCAGAAUUUGAUCAAAUAUCAAAAAGCAAAAAGAAAGUGUACUCACAGACAGUUCAUAUACGCAAAAUAACUAAAACAAACACAGAAACAGGUGAAACAGUGACAGAAUUCGAAAGAAUUAAAGAUCAUCCUGUUACUGUAUUCACAGAAAAGUCUUCAACAAUACAAACUCCGAAAACUUUGACAAGUUCUGCAAUAGAAAACAGUCCUUCAACUUCAAAAUCAAAAAGAAGGAAAACUCGAAAAUCUACAACAUCAAAAGAGGAGCAGAGUAAUAACAGUGUAACAUCCACACCAGCUACGCCAACAAACAAAAAGAAAAAGAAGAAGAAAACGAAAAGAUCUAAUACCUCGACAACUCUACCAAAUAAUCAGCUUCCCGAUAAACCAAUGGAAGAAAUCGAGAAAAUACAAAAUCAGUUCGAAGCAGAAACUGCAAAAAAAGAAAAUUCAAGUUCGAAAAAAAAAUCUAAAAAAUCUAAAGUCUCUAGAUCGAAAAGCAUUGGUGAGAGUAUCGAAAUUAGCAUGCUGUCUAUACCUGAUUCAGAUUCCGAACCAAAAAUCCAAAAAUCCUCAAAAAAGUCAAAAUCGCGUCAUAAAUCGCACAAAAAUUAUUCAUUCCUAGAUCCACACGAUGUCAAACUUUACGACAAAUCAAUUUACGACUUUGAAUCAGAUUCCGAAUUCGAACUUCCAACUCCUAUGAAAGAACCGCCUCCUGUUGAAAAGAGAUACUUCAAACUAAUUACUCAGCAUAAAAAUCCCAAUACAAAUACAAUUGUUGCCAUAGAACAGCUGAUUCCAAAAAAUGGACACAAAUUACCACCAAAUUUGCCAGAAUUUAAUGUUGUUCCGUUGGAUAUCGUUUCGUUGCAUCCAAUCAGCCCACCAAAUACUAAUUUAUUUGAAAAAAACAAGAAAAUCGAAAAUAAUAUUUUGAGAAUUUCAAAUACUCAAAAAAUGGAAAGUUCUCUAUCCGGAGAAUUUGCUUCUGAUGAGGAAUCAUUGAGAGAACACCAAAUAAAAUCACAGCAAAAAGUUUAUUUUCGAUAUUCUCAGAAAACUCAUGAAAUUACCGACAUAAACAAUCAAACAUACAAUAUAAUAGAGAACACUCCGGAGUUUGUUCAAAAUCAAAUAGUUUUACCUAAACCAAAAGUGAAAAUUUACAAAAGAAAACCAAACUCGUUUAAAAAUGAAGAAUUUGAAUUAAAACAAAGUGUAUUUUUACCAGACAACGAAAGAUAUUCCAUAUCCCCAAUGAUUUUGAGCUCUGAUGCUUUUAGAGAGAAAUACGGAAAUUUUCCUGCAAAAUUAAAGGAAAAUUUGAGUGAAAUAGAAAUAGAAAAGCUUGAUAACUUCGAACCAAACCCAAACAUGCUAAAGAAAGUCAAGCCUUGUGUUGUAUUGUUUGAUAAGAAAUUUUAUUUGGAAACAAUUGAUGAAAAUGGGGUUUUAAAUAGAGCCAGAUGUACAGAAGAUGGAAAGAAGAUUGUUGUAUGCUCAACAAAAGAUCCAGAAGAAGAAAUUCAAGCAAUAAUCGCAAAAAGACCAAAACCGGACGAAAAGAAGAAAUCUAAGAGGAGAAAACGCUCUAACUCAAUUAAAGAUGAACAUAAAGAGCAAAAAACGCCUAAAAGAAAAAAAUCAUCUUCAAAAGAUUCAAAUACCAAGCAAAAGCAAGAAGAUUCCGUUGAAAUACCAUCUCCAAAUGUAAAACAAGAAAAUUUGUUGCCAAAAGAAGUUGAAAACAAUUUGUUUAAUAUCAAAAUUAACGAAAAAUCUGAAAUUAAAAAUAGAAAGGGUUCAUUUGGAACUCCCAGAGCUAAAAAUCACAAAGAAGCUAAAUCAGAUGAAGAAAUUCCAGUAGAAAGUGUUAAAAUUGUCGAAAAGAAGAUAACUCCUAAGAAAUUUAUCAGAAGAGCGGCCUUUAGGACCAUUGAUAGCGAAACUGGCUUCAAUGAAAGGCCAUCAUCGCUAGUCAGAGCCAAUAGUGUUGAACCUCCAAAGAAAUUAACAAAGAAGAAGUUUAUUUCGACCAAAAACUUAACAAUGAUCUUCCCAGAGCCAGAAAGGGCAUCCGAAGAAUCAUAUUCCACCACAACCACCUCUGUUUCCACUCCAACCCAAAGAAUUUUCUCUCAAAUUCGUAGAAAUUCGUCAGACUCGAACUCAGAGAGUUACAGUAUCAGUGUUAGUAAGUCAGACAUCGGAGCAGUAAGGAGCAGGCUUCCACACAGGAGAUUUCCGUCCAGAAUCCGCGAGAAAGAGAAGAAAUCAGAAAACAGUGUCAAAUUUCAGUUCUCAGAUAAUGCUGCUGAAUCUGGCGAAAGGCCAACUGAUAUGUUCACAACGAUGGUGGAAACAGAGGGUGUUUCAGAGGGCUUCUUGAACCAAUACACUUAUGGCUCAACAGAGUUAAUGACAACUGAACCUGAUGAAUAA